GGAGGAGCUCCUGCAGCGCCUGCUGGCGGACGACGCGGCCGCGGAGGGGGCGCGCGGGGCCGGCGACCAUGCGGGCGCUCGCGAGGCAGCCGGCCGCAUGGAGCGGGCGCUGCCCGAGCUGCGGGCGGCCUGCGCGGGCUGCGGCGACGCCGCGCGGCGCGCGGAGCUCGGCCGGCACCUCGAGGCGCUGGAGCGCCGCGCCGCGGCCCACGGCGCCUGCCUGGAGGCGGAGCGCGCGGAGGCGGAGCGGGCGCGACUGCUCGACGCGCCACAGGCCGACAAGGCUGCCAGGAGGCGGCCCGCGGCCGCGUCGGAGGACGAGGCCCAGAGGGCGGAGACGGCGGAGCUCCUGAAGGCGCGCGACAUGAUGAGGAGCGGGCUGGAGCGGAUGCAGAGCGUCGGCUCGUCCCUGUCGGACACCAGUUCGACGAUCCGGAAGACGCAGAGCCAGUACACCACCUACGAGGACAGGCUGAGGUCUGCCGCGGCGGUGCUGGGACAGCUGAAGCGGAGGACGGAGGACGACUCCAAGUACAUCUGGCGGUCCUUUUUAUUUUUUGUGAUCGUGGUUGCCUACAUAUUCUUGAAGCGCGUAAAGGUGUUCAAGGUGAUGUACCUGGCAGGCUCCUGGACCAUGUGGUCCGGAAGCACCGCGGCGGGCAUCGUCCACAGCCUCGUCGACACGGCCAUCAGCGUCGGCGACACCCUCGGCAGUGCUCUGGGCAUCUCCACCGGUUCCGACCCGCUCGAGGGCACGAGCGGGCAGGAGCUGUAGGCCAAUGCGCGUCAAGCCGGCGCUCGGCGCAGCCAGAGCUUGCGCAGAGCGGCGUGCCUUGGAAUGCGGCGCCUCCGCCCCUGCGGCGGUCCCGCGCCUCUGGUCGCCGUGACGCCCGCCAGCGACCACUGCCGCGUCGGGGGCCCCUGGCGUGCGGGCCCGAGAAGGAAGCACGGACGCACGGCGAGUCGGGGUGCGAGUGGAGGGUUUCUCCGAAGGGCUCAGGCGACCCGUCCUCCUCCUCCUCCUUCUCCUCCUCCUCCUCGCGGUGGCGCGCGGGCCUGAAAAAAGGAAGUACAGCGAGUCGGGGUGUGGGGCGGCGUUCCGUCGGCCGCGCGGGCAGGGGGC